AUGUUGAUUGAUUUAAUUGCAAGAAUUUUAGCUUUAGUUCCACCAUGGACUAGAGUUUAUCGAAUUCAAAGAGAUAUACCUAUGCCAUUAGUUACUAGUGGUGUUGAACACGGUAAUCUACGUGAACUUGUUUUAGCUAGAAUGGAAGAAUUAGGCGCCACAUGUAGAGAUGUACGAACUCGUGAAGUUGGCAUACAAGAGAUACAUUCACGUGUUAAACCAUAUCAAGUUGAACUUAUACGUCGUGAUUAUGUUGCUAAUGGUGGCUGGGAAACAUUUUUAGCCUAUGAAGAUCCUUAUCAGGAUAUUUUAGUUGGUCUGUUACGUUUACGUAAAUGUUCACCACAAACAUUCAGACCAGAAUUACGUGUUACACGCCCUACUAAUACCACAGCUUCUGGCGAUCAAUGUAAUACAGAUCCAUUAUGUUCAAUUGUACGUGAAUUACAUGUAUACGGUAGUGCUGUCCCAGUAUCAGCUAGAGAUCCGACAAAAUUUCAACAUCAAGGUUUUGGAACAUUAUUAAUGGAAGAGGCUGAACGUAUUGCUAAAUAUGAACAUGGUUCAUUAAAAAUUGCAGUCAUCUCUGGUGUUGGCACUAGAAAUUAUUAUCGAAAACUUGGUUAUGAACUUGAAGGUCCGUAUAUGGUGAAACUUUUGUGA